GUUCUGAUUCGCGCAUUCAAUGUACACCAGAGGUAAUGGCUGUGACGGUGCCCAUGGACGGCGACAGAAAGAUCUCCUAUCUCGACAACCUCAAAGAUUACAAGCCUUGCCUGCCCAACUUGGAAAACAAUGCAGCGACCUUCAUGCUAGACCUGCAAGACCACCAUAAAUGUGGCGUGACCAGAGUCAUUAAUCAAAUUACGGGUAAACGUACAUUCUACCACAAAAUUGUGAUAGAGUUGGCAGACGGCGGGCGCGAGACAGUAACUGUCAGGUGUAUGGUGACAGGCAAACCACAUCUCGUAGCGAGACGAGCGGUUGAACCUUUCCCCUUGGACUUCAACGAACCAGAUGUUCUGAACAUCACACGAUACGAAGAAGGACGCGCUCCCGAACCAAUUUUGGGUGCCGUUGUGAAGCAAAACGGAAAACAGGUAUCAGGUGAGAUAUCCGUUAGCCCAGGCACACCGCUUUCGAUGGAAAUAUUCCUGGACAACGCCUCAGCGCCAGUAUACGGUCUACUCGUGAGCUAUAUGCACGUCACCGAUACCGGCAAACAGCAGGAGACUAUAGUCUUCAACGGUUGCUCUGUAGACCCAUAUCUAUUCGACAACUUCGUGACGACGGAUGGAGACGUGCUCGCUGCAAAGUUCAAAGCUUUUAAAUUCCCGGACACCAGCUACGUGCAGUUCAGAGGAACGGUCACCGUUUGCCUUGACAAAUGCCAAGGGGUUCAAUGCAGCAACGGAGCGAUUGGGUAUGGUCGAAAACGUCGUUCGAUUGCUUCAAGCGCCGAUUCCAGCAAGGUGUAUGAAGUGUCAUUGACGACCUUCAUCAAGGUGGACUGGACAGACCCCAAUGCCGCCAGGGAUUCAGAAUACCUCUCACUUCUGAAGAAUCUGAAAGUGGCAAAUCAGAAAUUAGGUGACGUCGACGGAACACAAGCAACCGUUGCCGAACACACAAAGGACAACAGGCUAGUGACGUACAUCUCACCACUUGAACUAAACAGCUCCAGUGUGUUCACGCACAGCUGUGUACUGCUACUCGUCAGUUUAACAUUAGCGUUGUUUUAUUAG